CCACUUUUGCCGUUUGCAGCAAGCAUCAUUGACAAAAUACUGGUGACAUGCCACAAAGGCUGCAUGGAAAAAUCAUAUAUGCAAAAUUUUUUUGCCCUAUGAUUUGAUGUGAUAGAAAUAUAAAAGCAAGGAAGCACAAUAGUUGUGCCAUCUACGGACUAACCAAAAGAUGCCAUUUCGGAGACUCCACGCUUUUUUCAGUAAGCGUGCACCAGAGGUACAAUAUGUAUUGUCUGUGUUGCAUAGCAAAAUUGGAUGUUGUUGCACAUGAGCUACCCGUUCUUAUUCUUUGUUACUCAGUAAAUUGCAUUAACCAUACAUUUUGUUGACAUUACUAUUACUUGUAUUUACAUAUCUUGCGUGUUUCACCUCAUUUAUGUGCAUUCAAUUUAUCUGGAACAUCUGUGCUGUGGUACAAUUUAAUUCGGCAGUACAAGAUGUAAUUAGAUGUGCAUUAUUAAAUGCGAUGACUGCUGACAACAACAAGGCUCUGAGAGGGAGUGCUAUCGUUCAAAAGCAUUUUGCCAGUUCAUUGAUAUUGCUUCUAGUAGUCUAGUGCUGUAUAGUGGCCUGAGUUUGCACUGAUUGUGCUACAAGCUGUGUAAGCAAACUGCACGAUGUAAUUUGUGUUGUGCUUUUUUCUUUUGCAAGAUGGCUGGGGGAGGUGAGAGAAACGAGCUCAAGUUUUGUGGUGUCUGUGGCGACAAGGCAUUUGGCUUCAACUUUGGUGCCCUCACAUGUGAAUCGUGCAAGGCCUUCUUCCGACGAAACGCCAUUAAGGACAAGGAAUUUCGCUGCCUCUUCAAAGAUGACUGCGAGGUGAACACACGAACACGACGUUUCUGCCAGCGGUGCCGCCUGCAGAAAUGCUUUGCCAUUGGCAUGAAGAAAGAAUGUAUCCUGAGUGAAGCCGAGAAGCGUGAGAAGCGUGCCAAAAUCGAAGAGAACCGCCUUAAGCGUGCAUUGCAUCCACGGCAAAGAGCACAGCUCUCUGAGGAUGAUGAUGAGAGCCCAAUCAAGGUAGCGCGCUAUACAUCUGAGCUUGAGCUGGCAAGCAAUGCAGGGCCAUCAAGUGGCCAGCAGCCCAAGGCAGACCGGCCUGACUCGUGCUGCUCAGACUUGGAAUCCAGCAGUUCUGACUCAUCACAGCUGCCAUGGCGUGACCAGUGUGGCUCAUCGCAGGUGGUGCAUGACCGGGCCAUCCGUAGCCAGUUCUAUCGAGUGCCAGGGUCAGAUGUACUGACCGAGGCUGAAACACACCGCAUCCAGGAGCUGGCCACGGCCAACCAGGUGCUCAAGGUGCCGCUGGCCUGUGAUCCUGAGCCCAGCCUGGUGGACGUGAUCAACAUGACCGACCAUGCCAUCCGGCGCCUGAUAAAGAUGUCCAAGCGCAUUGCCGCCUUCAAGAGCCUCUGCCAAGAAGACCAGGUGGCACUGCUGAAGGGCGGCAGCACCGAGCUCAUGCUGCUGCGCUCCGUGAUGUCGUACGACGCUGAGCGCGACUGCUGGAAGGGACCUGAUCCGCGGCUCAUGUCUAUUCGCGUGGAUAUCCUCAAAGAGGCACGGGGCAAUGUUUAUGAGGAGCACAAGCGCUUUAUCAAUGCAUUCCGACCUGAGUGGAGGCUAGAUGAAAACAUAAUGCUGCUGCUCAGUGCCAUCACACUGUUCACACCUGAGCGGCCCAACCUGGUGCACCGGGACGUGGUCAUGUUUGAACAGGACACCUACCUCUACCUGCUGCGGCGAUACCUGGACACCCGCUACUCGGGCUGCGAGAGCCGCUCGGUCUUCCUGCAGCUCAUCCGCAACCUCGAAGAUAUGCGCACGCUUAAUGAGAACCAAGUCAGCAUACUGGUGGACCUGAACCCCCAUGAAGUUGAGCCGUUGCUUAUAGAGAUUUUUGACCUGAAAUAGGAGGCCGUUAUUGAAGUUGCGCUAAGUUCUGUCAUCGUGAUAUUCAAAUACUGGGCAGCAAAGCUGUCACAUUGUGGAAUUAAAUACAUUCUGCACUUA